AUUAAGUCAGAUAAUCUGUGGUGUUAAAACUUGUGUUGUGCUUGCUUCCGAGCAGUUUGAAAUUAUUUUUCAUUAAUUUCCAAUAAAAACAAACACCAUGGCUGGUGUAUUAUUCGAGGAUAUAUUCAAUGUGAAAGACAUGGACCCUGAAGGCAAGAAAUUCGACCGUGUCAGUCGAUUACAUUGUGAAUCAGAGUCUUUCAAAAUGGACUUAAUUUUGGACAUAAAUUCGUGGAUUUACCCUAUGGAGCUGGGUGAUAAGUUCCGUCUGGUGCUUGCUACGACUCUGAGAGAGAACGGGUACCCUGAUGGAGGUGAAUGGAACCCGCUGGAGACGGAGGGGAACCGCGCCGACAGCUUCGAAUACGUGAUGUCCGGCAAAGUUUAUAGGAUAGAAGGGGACGAAGCUACAAUGGAGCCAGCUUCGAGAUUAGCUGCAUAUGUCUCCUUUGGAGGCCUCCUUAUGAGACUGCAAGGAGAUGCUAACAAUUUACACGGAUUUGAAGUGGACCAACACAUGUAUUUGUUAAUGAAGAAACUUGCAUUUUAAUUUUACAUUUAGGUUAGUUAAGUUAAGGUAUAAGAAUAAAAAGGUAUUUUUAA